AUGUCCUGUCAUUUGCCUGGUGAGAAUACAGUGUAUUCAAAUGUUGAUUCUAACGUGGAGGAAGCGGUUGAGUCUAGCAGUUCCCAAACCUCAAUGUUGUUAGCAUGGAUGGAUCUCAAUCUUCAGUCAAUGGAUGCACGGAAAUAUACCUUUGCGGAGAUGCCACAAUAUUAUGUAUGGAAUAAAAAAUACAAGAAGUGGCAGCAGCGCAAAAAAGGUACCUGCAUUGCUAGAUUAUAUUACUGCUACCCAUCCGCAAAGGAGCAAUACUAUUUGCGAAUGCUAUUACAUGUUGUUAGGGGUUGUUGUUCUUAUGAUGAUAUUAGAACAGUGAAUGGGGUGGUAUAUGAAACAUUCCAAAAAGCAUGUUAUGCUCGGGGACUGUUAUCAGGAUAUUCUGAAUGGAAUGAUUGUGUCCAAGAAGCUUCGCACUGGGCUUCUGGUUAUAAACUUAGAAAACUUUUUGUCACAAUUCUUAUUCAUUGUCAGGUGGCUGAUGUGACUUCUUUUUGGUUAAAGAAUUGGGAAUUACUAAGUGAAGGCAUUUUGCAUUCACGACGUAGAGAGCUGAAUUUACCCCAGUUGAAUUUGUCGGAGGAUGAAAUUAAGGAGUUGUGCCUUAUUCAUAUUGACAAAUUGAUGGAGAGAUUUUCGAAGUCAUUAGCAGAUUUCCCUGGGUUGCCUGUUCCCGAUCAGUGUUUGCGUUCACAUACGGUAAACAGGCUGAUAGAUAUGGAGAUGAAUUAUGGACCCGAUGACUUAGACUGUCCUGAGGAUCGACAUAGUAGACCGUUGAAUGGAGAACAACAAAUCGCUUACGAUAUGGUAUUACAUUCUGUUUAUACCAAUGAGGGUAAAUGCUUUUUUGUGGAUGGAUUUGGGGGUACUGGUAAGACAUUUCUGUGGCGAGCAAUUUGUGAGCAAUUAAGAUUUGAGAAGAGGAUAGUAUUAUGUGUUGCUUCAUCUGGUAUUGCUGCACUACUCAUGGUCGGUGGAAGAACUGCACACUCAAGAUUUCACAUUCCCCUGGAUUGUGAUACAAAAUCAACUUGCAAUAUUGAGCAAGGUUCUAAGGUAGCUGAAUUGAUUCUCAAUGCUUCACUUAUUAUCUGGGAUGAGGCACCGAUGGCUCAUAAACACAACAUAGAGGCCCUAGAUAGGACAUUGAGGGAUAUUUUCCGAGUUAAGCAUGUUGAUUCUGAGUUGAAGCCUUUUGGAGGUAUGACUAUUGUGUUUGGAGGUGAUUUCCGACAGACGUUACCUAUCAUCACGAAGGGUACACGGACUGAAAUUGUUAAUUCUUCCAUAAAGAGAUCUUAUUUGUGGCGGUCUAUGACAGUAUUGAAGCUAACCGAGAACAUGCGAUUAAAAUUGCCUCAUUCUGAAGCAUCGGCCAGGUUAGCAAUCUCAAAUUUUAGCAAAUGGCUUUUGGAAAUUGGUGAUGGUACAAAUAGUAAUAUUUUUGGAGAAUCAAUUAUCCCGAUACCUCUACACAUUUGUGUUCCCCGUCGCAGUGAUCCAAUUCCUGAUAUUGUUGCUGAAAUAUAUGGUCAGUUACUCUCCACUGAAAAUAUGUCAACCUAUUUGGUUGAGCGAGCUAUCUUAGCCCCUCAUAAUGACACUGUUGCGGCCAUUAACAAUUAUGUAUUGGGUCUAUUUCCUGGUGAAGAAGUUUCUUAUUUUAGUUCGGAUUCGCUAGAGAUUGAUGCCAAGAAUCAGCAUGUUGAAGAAGGGGACUACACAGUUGAAUUCUUGAACUCUUUAAAGAUUGGGAAUUUUCCGGAACAUGAGUUGAAAUUGAAGUUGGGGUGCCCUGUUAUUCUGCUUCGAAAUCUGGAUCAGAGUACUGGACUUUGCAAUGGAACUCGGAUGAUCGUUAAGAGAUUAGGUAAGUGGUUUAUUGAGGUCCAAAUUUUGACCGGGACACAUGUUGGUGAUACAGUUUUCUUACCACGCCUAAGUCUAUCGGUCCACUACAAGAGCUUAAAUUUCACUCUGGUUCGAAGGCAAUAUCCAAUUGCACUGUCAUAUGCAAUGACAAUUAACAAGAGUCAAGGUCAAACAUUUAAUCACGUUGGCAUCUGCUUGCAAAGACAAGUAUUUUCUCAUGGACAGUUGUAUGUUGCUAUGUCUCGAGUUACGUCGGAAAGGGGACUCAAGAUUCUUAGCUGUGACUCUCAAGGUAAACUGGUGAAGACUAUGCAGAACAUUGUGUUCACUGAGAUUUUUGAGUAGUGGUUUAUUGAUGUAUUAUGUUUUAUUCGAUUUGAGGACUAAGACUGUCAAAUUUAUCGGGUCGUUACAAUUUGAAUCUUGAGUUCUCAAUUUGUCCAAAUUAUUUUCCUAUUUUUAACAGCCAAUUAUAUGAAAUGUGAUUUAUGCACACUACUUUAUAUUUAAUUGUACCUCAAUUUACUCUACCGAAGGGUAUGCGCGUGUGACCGUUAUAUUGCAAUACGAAGAAGAACUUCCAUAGUCGCAACUGAACUAAACUAAAUUAACACCACAACCCAGCCCACAAAACAACCCAAGCAUGGUUCAGUUAAAUAAAAUAUAGUUAGAGAGGGAAUGCCCAGCCGGAUUUGUUGAAACUAAAUGGCCAACCUAUUCCCAUAAAAAAAAGGCCAACCUACACUACCUUGGGCGGAUCCUUCUCCACUCCCCCACUCCCCCACCUCCUCUACUGCUCAGUAUCCGAUUUUUUGGAUCUUCUAUGAGGUGAAGGCUGCCGCAUUCCAAGCCAUUAUUUCUUUAUUAAAUACAUUCAUUAUGAUUUUCAUUUCAUGUUAAUUAGUGGUGGUGUGGGCCGGGCCGGCCGGGUUUGCGCAUCAAAUAAUAAUUAGCAACUUUGAGAGGCAAUUUUGGACAAGAAUUGUUGACACAGUCGCAAUUAGCAAUGUUGUUAAAACGGAACCGGACAUCGAUCCAAAUUAGUAAAGGGUUCAAGGUUUAUCAAAUAACCGGUGGUUAAUCGAUAUUAAAAACCGAUCAUAAACCGGUGUUGACUUACUUGGUAGACUUAACAAUUUUUUUUUUUUUACAAUUAUUGUUUCACUUAUUAGAGAUAAAAGAAUAAAGUGAGAAUUAUUAAAACUGAAAAAGCAUAAUUUGGGCGGCUGCUAGGUCUUUUUUGGGAAAAGUGAACUGAUUUUUCUUCUCUUUAUAUUUUAUUCUGUACUUACCUUCUUUUGUUUUUGAAUUUUUAAUUGCAACAAAAUAAAAGGAAGGCGCAUGUUUGAUUUUAAGAAGGUGGGUCGUUCCCCUCAAAAAAAAAAAAGGUGGGUCGUGAGUUCCGUGACACACCCGCCUCUUGAACUCUAAAUGGCCAACCUUCUCCACUCCCCCACGAGGCCACAAAUCCUUCUCCACUCCCCCACUAUCCCACUUUCCACACACACACGUACUCCACUGCAUGCGGCUAAGUAAAUCACGUGUGUAGAAUCACUUUCUCUCCUUUAUAUAAUGGAGAUACCACUUUCUCUCAUGUUACAUUUCCGUUUACUACUUCCCAUACAAAACACUUCGGUUCCAUUGACCGUGCGAAUUGCAUUCAAUAUGGCGGGCCUGCCUCAAUUCAAUCAGUAAGUACUGCUCAUGCAUCCAACAAAUACUACAUCAUGUAAUUUCGAUUCUUUUUCACUACUUAAUGCCAAAACUUACAGUCCAAUAUAUAGGCUUCCCCAUGGUUUUAUUGCUAAUCUGCAAUAUGAUGAUGCUCUUGAAAUUUGUGAGCGUGCCGACACCAUCGAUCUCAUUAUGUUGCAAGUGGAUGUCAAAAAUCAGGUAACUAAACAAAUAAAUUUCUUUUUAAUCGUACGCCUUUUGUGGCAUGCUGCAUUUUAUCGAUUUGCUUUGACAAUAUUCGUUUCUGUGUUUACAUCAGGGCACCUCUUUUUUGUUAUCCGGACGUGUAACUAAUUUGACGACGUCCCGGUCCCCUGCAUCCAGAAUCCAUUUCGUCCACCUCACAAUUGAGGACGAAUUCAUUGGUGUUGACAUCGUCUUCCCGUCAUCACAGUUACGAACGAUUGUUGAAUCUGUAUUCAGUCAUGCAGAUGUUGUCAAUGCUGACUAUAUGGCCCUUCUGAACAUGCUUGGAGAAUAGACAUUUGAAGUCAUGGUCACAGUCGGUCCCUGGAACGAUGCAUUUGGUUAUUGUGAACUUGUGUUGGUGAAAUUAUUUUUGCCUUUGUUGAAUUGAGUACCAUGUCAUGAACAAUGAGACAAUGUAUUGAGUUUUCUUAUUUUGGACUUGCAUGUUAUUUGUCGUAAUACUCAACUAGAUUAGAUUUGUGAUUAGUAAAAUUUCAUGUAAGUAUUUUUAUUCUGAUUAGCUAAUCUUCAAAUGUAUUUCUAACUUAUUAUGAAUGUUCAUUCAUAUUACAUGUUCGUCUUCAACGAAUUGCAAAAUUGCAACAAUCUUAUGAUAAUAUAAAACAAGACUCAUUUCUCGACACUAUCAUUAUAGAUAUUGUAACUCCAUUUCCUUAAACAAAUGCGGCCAACGGGCCGGGCUAUAGGCUAGUUAUAUAAAUUGUGAAUUGAUAAAUUAACCAAAAAAUGGUUUUGGUUAAUGGUUUUUUUUAGUUUGGAUGGGUUGGGUUGGGUUGUGUUUAUAUGAGGUGUCAUGUUUUUCUGACGUGGCGGGUCAAUUUCUUGUUUUUCUUGGGUUAAAAUUGGGUGAUUAGAUAUCUCUGUUAGCCACGUCAGCAGUUAACUGACGGCACUAACGGAGUCUGACGGAGGUUAACGGAGAGUGACCGAACUUAGACUGUUCAACUAAUUUAAGUGAGUACGAAUGGAAUAAACGAAUUCGAGUGACCAAAAGUGAAAUUUUGUAGCAAUUCGAGUGACCAAACUUGCAAUUUAGCCAAUUCUCAAAAUAUAUAAGUUUGGUGUGGUACGUUGGAUUGUCCAGUGAUCUAGGUGUUGAUUCGUUAUAACCAUAGUAAACCACACUCGAAUGCUACUGUCACAAAAAAAUGUCGUUUGCUCUUCCAAACGGGUCAUUUGUUAUUUCAAUAAACUUUGAACGACCGUGACUUUGUGCUCCACAAUUUGAUCAUUGGAAAAAAAAAACAUAAACAUUCAAGGAUUACAACUUUUACGAGGGCGAGCAAUUCCAAAAGAUAAAAUGUAUUUGAAUGU